AUGACCAGCACAGUGUUCUCCGAGCUACAUGAACUACCAUCACACAAAACCAUCAUAGUACUGGAUCGUGGUCCUAAAUUUGCUGCCAUGUGUGCUGAAGUAAGUUGUUUGAUCCAAAGUUUUGAGAAGAACAGCAUUUUUAAAUUCGAAAACAAGAUCAAUUUUAAAAAGUAGGAUUUAGAUAUGAAGGCUUACUUAUUUUCUUAAAAUUUGAAAAUUAAGGUAAAAAUCCCGUCCACAAACAGCAGUCUAAACCAAUCCCGCUGGUCAUGCGCUAUCCAAGCAGUGGUCGAAUUUCAUCGUGUUUUAAGCGAUCUAUACCCCAACUCUACCAAACUCCUACGACUAGUAAUAUCGGACACGGGUGGUCGAUUCACAACUCCAGCUUGGUCGGAUGUUAUCACUGAUUACCGUGCCGUUCUACACAGUUUCAUCGGUUCGAAACCGGAUCCACAAGCAGAUCCGGCUUCUUCUUCAAUUAAUAAUGGGCUUGUCAUGUGUAUGGAUGCGUUGACGGAACCGACGCCGCUUCAGAAGAUGGUACAGAAGGGUUUGAACAAGAUGAAACAGGAUGGGAGGAGCUUUAAGGUUAAUGAUUUACCGUACGUUUUUUAUUCUUCUUGUUUUACUUUAGAGAAAAUUUUAUUUUUUGGUGUACCAUUAGUACCACUAAGGUACCAAGUGUACCACUUUGUAAAUUUUUAAAAUCAUGCUAUAAAAAUGAAGAAAAAGUUAAAUCUAUGUAAGACUUACCAUUUUCAGACCCAUCAAAGCAAAGAGAACCCCAAAUUCGACCAGAUUUUACGACCGUCUCCAAAAGUACCGUACUCAACAACAGACAAAAACCUUUACGAAACCGAAAUUUGUACGAAAUGCGGGUACUGUAAUAGCAUUUACGACAAUUGAAUCAUUCGACGAGUUUAAAAAGCUGAUAUCGAAUAUGGAAGAUGAGGUUUUGUCAAGGAAUGAACUCUUCAAAAACAGUUGCAAUGAGUAGGUUUUUGUAGGAACUUUCUUUACAACUUUUUUUUAGUCUAAACUUUGCGUUUUUAGUCUAACAUUUACGUUUUUUAGUUCAAAAGUUACGUUUUUUAGUCUAAAAGUUAUGUUUUUUAGUCCAAGCUCCACUUUUUCAGUCCAAACUUCAUUUCCGAAUUAGUAAUGUUACCCAUCAGCCGCCUAAACCUUCAUAUCAUUCAGUUGGCAGCUGCUAAUGAAGCUCCAAACCCAACACUGAUCGCACAGUGCCAGGAGUUCGCCACAAAUCGAUUGAGCCUUGUGAAUGUGAAGCUACAUUACACAACUGGUACAAAUUUGAUCAGAACCAUGCACUCGAUUCUACAGUACGAUUACGGGGUUCAGAGUACGACGGUACAGAACAUUCCGAUGAAGGUAAGCGGAUGGUAUUUGUUUUUAUAUAGUUGUUUGUUUUGUCGGAUUCAUUUUUUGAAUAAGUGUACCAGUGGUACUAUUAAUAGUACCAAAAGGUACCACUUGAAAAAAUUUGAUGACUUUGCAUAGGAAAUGAGGAUUUAAAAUUUUUUUUUGAAAAAUUUUACAAAAUGUAGCAGUGGUACCACUCAAGGUACCAAGUGUACCAUUUUAUGAUUUUACUGAUUUUAGUUUAAAAUGAUGAUUUUUGAUAAGCUGACAUUAGAUACGACGAUUUUAUUUCAGGAAGAAGCCAAUGCCGGUAAAUCUGUAAACUACAAUGUGGAAAUGUUCCACACCAACAUACCACAAGCUCACCUACGUCAGUAUAAUCUAAUAGACUCGGAGUCUCCAAUUGUAAAAUCAGAUGGGGAAUACAGAACCACGUGGUUGAAAUGGUCGUCGGUCAAUAAUAAGUUGAAUGCGGCUGAGGUAGGGCCUUAUAUUUUUGACAAUUUAGGCUUAUUUUUGGCAUUUUUCUGUUUCCUAUCUCAACUUAGGCUUACUUUCGAUCUUUUGGCUUAUUUUUGUGCGCUUGGGCUUGUUGCUUAAAGUUCAGGCUUAUUUUUUAUUUUUAAAUUUAUUGCGUAAGCUUUAGGCAUAUUUUUGUGCGCUUAGUCUUAUUGUGUGAACUGUAGGCUUAUUUUUGUGCCUUUAGGCUUACUGCGUAAUGUUUAGGCUUAUUUUUGUGUGCUUACGCUUAUUGCAUAAUCUUUAGGCUUAUUUUUCUGCACUGAGGCUUAUUGCGUCAUUUUAGGCGUACUUUUAUGUGCGAUUAUUCUUAUCGCGUAAAAUUUAGGCUUAUUUUUGUUUGCGUUUAGGCUUAGCGUCAUUUUAGCCUUACUUUUAUGUGCGUUUAGGCUUAUUGCGUAAGCUUUAGGAUUAUUUUUCUGUGCUUAGCCUUGUUGCGUAAAAGUUAGAGUUUUUUCUGUGCGUUUAGGCUUAUUGCGUAAACUAUAGGCUUAUCUUUGUGUGCUUAGGCUUAUUGCGUAAGCUUUAGGUUUGUUGUUGCUCUUAGGCUUAUUGCCUAAAUUUUAGGCUUAUUUUCUUGUGCUUGGGCUUAUUGCGUAACAUUCAGGCUUAUUUUUGUGUACUUAGGCUUCUACGUAAAUUUUUUCAGGCACCAAUUCACGAAAAUGGAGCACCAGUUACCGUAGCGAAGGUCCGCGAUCGCCCUGCCAUUUGUAUUUGCAAUUUCAUUCUGAAUGGAAAAUUCGUACUACUCGAUAUGGAUCCAGAAUCCAAGGUUUCAGAGUUGGAAGCCAACUUCCACGGCUUAAAAAUCAGUCAUUUCUUCUCAUUGGACAAGUCAACUGGUGCUAUGUUUCUGAACAGCAUGAGGUUUGAUGUGAAUUGUAAGUAAUUUUGAUCUGCUAUUCAAAUUUUAAAAAAUUUUUGAAAUGGUACACCUGGUACUUUUCAUGGUACUAAUGGUACAGUUUGAGCGAAAAGUGAUUUUUUAAAAUGCUGAAUUUUUAAAAUUAAAAAAUAAAAUUAAGAAAAAAUUUUAUAAAUGGUACACUUGGUACUGUUAAUGGUACUAGUGAUACAUUUUUUUUAAAUUUUGAAUUUUAGGAAAAAAUUUGGCUAAUUUUAUGUUUUAAAUUAUUUUCAGCCCUACCAACACUACCCCUACCCCAAAACCAUUUGUUACUCUUCCCAAUGGCCAAGUAUCUGGAAAGCAUUUCGUUUGAAAUCGACGUGAUACAGUAUCCAUUAAAAAUGGCACCACCAAGAGAAAAGCUAAAACCCACCGAGAUUACCAAUCAAAUAGCUACGUAUUUGCCAAUUCAUGACAAUGAUACCAUUGUUUUCCAACUACCAGAAUACUUUUUACCCAUCUUUGAGGUCGUGAAUUAUAACAGGCUGCCACCACAGGUUGGUUGAUAUUAAUUUUUUGAUUUUUUAGGUAUAAAAUGAAGGUUUGAAGCAGUUUUUGAAGCAUGAACGUAAUUUGCUUCAGUGGUACCACUUAUGGUACCAAGAGUACCAAAUGGGCAUCAAGUGUACCAAAUGGGUACCAAGUGUAAAGAAUGCGUACUAACUGUACUAAAUGCGUACAAAGUGUAUUAAACCAACGCCAACUGUACUAAAUUCGUACCAAAUACGUACCAAUAGUACCAAAAGCGUACCAAGUGUACCAAAUGCACCAUUUUAAUUUUUUGAUAUUUUUGUGUUAGAAAUGACGAUUUUAAUCUUUUUUUCAAUUUGAAAAUAAAAAAUGCCAUUUUCAGAUCAUAGCCAACGCGAAAUCAUUCAUUUACCGUGCCGUGGGCGAAAAACUGGCUAGCAUCAAAAUCCCGCAAUCUUCGAACUUACCGACCAAUUUGACAAACGAAGAGAAGGUUCGAGAAGUUUUCAUCGAAAUCGCCAGAAUCAUGAAGGUUUACGCGGUUCUAACCCCGGAACACAACGAAUUCUACAAUUUUGUGUUGAGUGUGACUGGACUAGAUCUGAAUGAAGAAUUCAGUCAUCAAAAACGGACCGAAUCACCAAGUUUGCCGGUGAAACGAAGUGAUAGUAAAUCACCCAUUCCUACGAAGAAAUCGAAGAAAAAUGAGAACGGUAAGGAGGGAGGGGGGUACUGUAGGGUAGAAUACGGUAGGGUAGGUAUGGUGGGGUACGGUAGGGUUGGGUAGGGUAUGGUUGGGUACGGAAGGGUUGGGUAUGGUACGGUAGGGUAAAGUAGGGUAUGCUAAGAUAGGUUAGGGUACUGUGCGGUCGGGUAGAGUACGGUGGGAUAGGGUAAUGUAGGAUAGAUUAGGGUAAGGUAGGGUACUGUAAUUUAUAAUAGGAUGUGGUAGAGUACGGUGUGGGUAAUAUACUGUAUGAUCGUAUUAAAGAGUAAUAUUAACCCUUUCAGACGGUUUAACCCUACAUGAAAUGUACCUGGCCAAGUCGGAGAGCUGUUGGCGGGGCUGGAAAGACUUUGAAGGCCGUGCCAAUUCAAAAUCAAACGUCGCUAAACUUUACCCAGGCCUAAAACUCUCGGAUAUUGAACCGCUUGCCGGCGUUAGACCGUCAGACCGAAGAAGAAAUGUUAUUGAACAGUAA